AUCAUCGUUUAUAUUGAAUCAUUUCAGCCAUAUGUGAGGUUGAUACGCGGACUUAUCAAGCAGAUCUUCGAUGAUACGUAGGUUCUAUAAGUGACAUCGCAUUCUGUUUUUAUCAUCCAGUUAACAACAUUCAAGAUACAGAGUGAUAUUCCGAUUGAAUAAUUGUUUACUAUCAUAGAACGUAGAUCGAGAAGAAUAAGAUGCGGUCGUUUAUUUUGAUAUCCCUCUUCAUCAUCGGGAAAUGUCAAUCCAAACAUUCGAGUAGAAAUGAUUGUGAAAAAAGUGCAACUACAGUUAGUGGAACUCAUGCCCCAGCAAGAAUUUGUUCAGGAGAAUUGAUUUUUGAGGACAAUUUCAAGAAGCUUGAUUUAACUAAAUGGCAACAUGAGUUAACAUUAGGAGGAGGAGGGAACUGGGAGUUUCAAUGGUAUACAAACAACAGGAGCAAUAGUUAUGUCGAAGAUGGUAUCCUGCAUAUUAAACCAACGCUUGUGGCUGAUGACUAUGGCAACGAUUUUUUGUACUCUGGAACCAUAGACUUGAACGGAGGAAGCCCAGCUGAUCAAUGCACUAACCCUCAAUGGUAUGGUUGCGUUCGGAGUGGAUCAUCAACAAAUAUCCUGAAUCCUAUCAAGAGUGCUCGUAUUCGUAGUCUUGAAUCUUUUGCUUUCAAAUACGGCAAGGUGGAAAUUCGUGCAAAAUUACCGAGUGGUGAUUGGUUAUGGCCAGCCCUUUGGAUGUUGCCCAGAUGGAACCAGUACUCUACCUGGCCAGCCUCAGGAGAAAUCGAUAUCAUGGAGAGCAGAGGCAAUAAACAAUUGACAGAUGAAGCUGGCACAAAUAUUGGUACUCAACAAGUAGGAAGCACUCUUCACUGGGGACCAAACCCUUCUUAUAAUAGAUAUUACCUCACCCACUUCUCUAAAAAUAUCGAAUCAGGUUUCGAUGCAGACUUUCACAAGUACCAGUUGGAAUGGACGAAAAACAAUUUGACUUUCUCAAUCGACGACGAGAGAAUCGGCACCAUUACGCCCCCUGCUGGAGGUUUCUGGGAGAUGGGAGGAUUAGGUGACACUGGUCUUGAUAAUCCAUGGAAAAGGAACUCUAAAAUGGCACCUUUCGAUCAAGAAUUCUAUAUUGUAUUCAACUUGGCUGUUGGGGGUACAGGCUACUUUCCUGAUAAUAUCAAGAAUCCUGGUGGAAAACCUUGGAAAAAUACAUCUCCAAAAGCAGCAACAGACUUUUGGGAAGGAAAAGACCAAUGGCUACCAACUUGGGAUCUAAAAACUGACAAUAGCCACUUAAAAGUUGAUUAUGUGAAAGUUUGGGCAAUUUAAGGACUAUGUUGUAUUAAAGAUACCUGAAAGAUAA